CUUACAACCUCACUUCAUAUCCCACUGCAUACAUACAGCCGACCAGCAGACUCAACACAACAAGAGAGGAUCUCAGUCUUCCUCUAAUCAAAGUCGAACCCGUAUACAAGGGCGUUUUACUUCUUCAUUUCCCUCCUUCGAACCCACCCGUUUCCCUCGCAGGCCAUGUCCAAGGUCCCUCCACUGCUGGAGCCCUACCUCGGCCCGCCCCCGGAAGCGGCCCUCGUGGUCCUCACGAGCGUUCUCGGCGCGAGCACCAACUGGCUGGUCCAGAGGUUUCUUUACUCCCUCUUGCGCCACCAUCGUCCGAGAGGAGAGGGUUCGGGAGAAGGGAGAAACGACAAUGGCGACGAUGUGGGCGUCGUGCUCGUCAGCUUCAUGCGCGACGGGGCUUUUUGGAGGGACGGUGCGAGCAGACUAGGCCUGGAUCUAGACGCCCUUCGCAGAGCGGGCAGAUUCGCAUUUGUGGACGGCCUGACCGGGCUGUUCGUCCCGCCGGUGGCAGCAGCAGCGGCACAGCCAGACGCAAAGUCGGAGGACCAGCAGCGGGACAGGAUACUACGGAGCCCCCGGCUGGACGACGUCGGGAGGGGCAUCGAGGCUGCGCUGGCGGAGGUGCGCGCGAGGAGGACGGUCCUCGUCGUGGACCAGAUCGACGCGCUGCUCGCGGCGUGCAACCCGUCCGACACGGUGACGAGCCUGUCCGUCGGGAACAUGCUCCUGUCGCUACGCGAGCGCGUGCACGCCACGAUCCUCACCCUCGCGGCGGACGACCCGCUGCUGCACCCGCAGAACACGUCGCUCGAGAGGGAGCACGCCGCGCUCGCACUGUCGCACGUGCACGCGGCACACACGGUCAUGGCCCUGCGCAGGCUCGACACGGGUGCGGCGAGGGACGUGAGCGGGGUGGUGCGCAUCACGGCCCGCGGCGGCGACGGCGGCGGCGGCGGCGGCGUGGACGACGAAGCGGGAGCGGGAGUGGAAGGCCAAGGGAUGCCCGCGACGGAGGCGGAGGGCGAUGCCGAGUAUCUCUACUAUGUGGCUGGUGAUGGAGGGGUCAGGGUGUUUGAGAGGGGGACGUGAUGAUCAAUGUGCGGAUGGAUAGCACCCGACAUGUAGACGCAUCAUGGGGGACUUGGGGCAAGUUGGGUCAUCCUCACUGGUAGUGUCAGUGAAUGCGCGAUCGUGGCAGAGACGAUACACAACAUCCCCCAAGGGACGGCAGUCACGGGCAUCACAACCAACGCAUCGGCGCCCACACGUGGUCUUCGCCUCAAGACGCGCCGCCCUACAGGUCUACCACAUCGGCGGCGCAGUCCGUCCCAGAUACAGCGCGCGUGGAUUGCGAAGCAGAACAGUGUGCAUGUGACGAAUCAAGAUGCCAUUAAGACGUUCGUGAACCGACUGCGAAUGCCCCUCACGAAGAUCUUGUUUCUCAGGGCAGAAAGCAAAAGGCCCAUUUUGUACCUUGCUUAAACACACG